UUAAGUAACAAGGGGAACAACAGCCUGUGUGCGGUUCUGGGUAUUGCGGGGGCUUGUGCAAAGCGUGGGGAAAAGCAGGGGACUGAGUUCUUGUUGCAGUCAGCGCGUGUGUGGGGCUGACUCACAGGCACUGAGGUCACUGAUUGCACAGAGCCCUGCAUUAGCAUUUAUGACUCGUCCCACAGCCAACUUCUGUUCUGGUCUCUGAGUUGUAGAGAGCAGUCGCGGGCAGAGCACAAAGCUGACGUGGUUUCCCCCUCGCGAUCCUUUUUAAUGUCUUCAGUCUGGUUCAAGAAACAUUUUUUGAGAAGCGAAUCCGCAGCAAACCCAGGGAACGCCGAGUCCCUCAGGCGGCGGGUGAAGCAGCAGCUGCCAGCUGCCCCACUGUACCGACGGCCCAAGUUCCUGCGCGGAGUCUGCUCCGGGGAGAGACUUCCGGGCAAGCGGCCUAUUUACAGCCCCCCCCGGGACAAGCCACUGCAGUGGCGGACGGGCUACGCGGAAGUCAUCAAUGCAGAGAAAUCGGAAUUCAAUGAGGACCAGGCAACAUGCUGUCAGAUAUCCGUCAGGAGGAGGGAGAUAGGCAUGGAGGAGGAGCAGGACUGGUUGAUUCUUUGCUCCAAUCAGUAUCUGGUUGGUUAUUACUGGGCCCUGUUUGAUGGCCACGGUGGCCCAGACGCAGCAAUAAUCGCCUCCAACUACUUGCAUUACUGCAUCAAGCAGAAGCUGGAGGAGGUGGUGGAAGGCAUCACUGAAGCUCAGCCCCCCAUGCAUCUGAGUGGCUGCUGCAUUUGCCCCAGCGACCCCCAGUUUGUGGAGGAAAAGCAAAUCCAGCAGGAAGACGUGGUCAUUGGAGCACUGGAGAAUGCCUUCCAGGAGUGUGAUGAAGUGAUUGGUCAAGAGAUGGAAGCUUGUAAUCAGUCAGGCGGCUGCACUGCUUUGGUUGCCCUCUACCUACAGGGAAAGCUCUAUGUGGCUAAUGCUGGGGACAGCAGGGCGAUCCUUGUUCAGAAACAGAGCGUCGUGCCCCUGAGCAGUGAGUUCACCCCAGAGACAGAGCGGCAGAGAAUCCAGCAGUUGGCCUUUCUCUGCCCCAAGCUUCUGGCAGAGGAGUUCACCCGGUUUGAGUUUCCUAGGAGACUGAAAGGCAACGACAUAGGCCAGAAGGUCCUCUAUCGGGAUUACUCCAUGGCUGGAUGGGGAUACAAGACAGUGGAGAAAGCUGACCUCAAGUACCCUCUUAUCCAUGGCCAUGGGAAGCAGACGCGCUUGCUGGGGACCCUGGCUGUAUCGCGAGGGCUGGGGGAUCAUCAGCUGAAAGUUAUUGACACAGACAUUGAAGUCAAACCAUUCCUCUCCUGCAUCCCCCAGGUGAAAGUGUUUGACUUUGCUUUGUGUAACAUUAAAGAAGAUGAUGUCCUUGUCCUGGCAACUGAUGGCCUUUGGGACAUUCUGUCCAAUGAAGAGAUGGCCCAGAUUGUCAGGAGCUUUCUUGAUGAAAACAGAACAGAUCCAUACAGGUUUUCAGAACUGGCCAGGUGCCUGGUGCACACGGCAAGGGGGAAGAAGAAUGGCCAUCAGUGGAUUUUGGAUGGCAACAGCCUGGCAUCCUACGAUGACAUCUCUGUGUUUGUGAUCCCACUAUACAACAGGGAUGAGGACUGUUAGUGUUGCGAGAUGAGAGAGAUUGAUUCAUAUAUCUAUGUAAUGUUAUAGGUCAUUGAGGCCUGGUAUUAAUGACAUGUGCUUGACAUGAAUGCAUGCAUUUCAAGUUAGCAACUGAAGCAAGGACUUAAGGUGAAGGUCUAUUACAACUCUGUGCAAAAACAAUCUUAUGUUCUGAGAAAAGUACAGAAAGUCAUAAAAAAAACGAAACAGUGGAUGUAAAAUUGUAUAAGAAUUGGAGGAAAUGGCAUGCCUUGGAUCAUGGCAUUCUGUCCAAGAUUAUCUCUUUGGAAUUGUGCGGGUAGAAGGCCUAGUAAACAAAGGCAAAGAACGGAUGACGCAAUUGAAUGGACUAUAAGUGGAUGCCUAUGAUUUCUGCAAAUCGGAGUCAUUUAUUGAUCCAGAGUCCUGUAUGGAUAUAGAUGUGGUUUUGCCGGCUACCCACAUCUUAUGAUUUUAUCCUGAUGGAAGGAACCUUGACUAGCCCUUGGGACUAUUCUGACCUUUGCUCUCUGUUAUAGUGUGUUUGGGGUGUGAAUGUGGAGUGAGUAAAGAUUCGUUUUGUAAUCAC